AUGCGACGGAUGGGCAUACAGCAUCAGGUGUCAAGUGCGUAUCACCCAGAGUUGCAAGGCGCGCUGGAGAGAUUCCACCAAACAUUGAAAAAUAUGGUACGCAUUUACUGUCAUGAGACGGACGAACAGUGGGAUGAAAUGGUUCCGCUCUUAUUGUUUGCCGCUAGAGAAUGUGUGCAGGAUACACUGGGGUUUAGCCCAUUUGAGCUCGUGUUCGGGCAUGAGGUGAGAGGUCCACUAAAGAUGUUAAAAGAGAGAUGGCUAGAUAAUGAUGACAGGUCUGGUAUAUUAAACCAUGUAAUGGACUUUCGUUUGAAACUCCACAGAGUAUGUGAGCUGGCAAGAGCGAACCUCAGCGAGGCCCAGAGACGGAUGAAGACGUGGUACGACAGAGAUGCUCAGUCACGAUCUUUUUCACCAGGAGAAAAAGUACUGGUCUUCCUACCCGUCCCUGGGCAGUCACUGAAAGCUCGUUAUUUUGGACCAUGUAUUGUAGAGAAAAAGCUAAGUGACCUUAAUUAUGUAAUUCAGACUCCCGGUAAGCGUAAACAGUCACGAGUUUGCCAUGUAAAUCAGAUAAAGAAAUAUGUAAAACGCAAUGACCCACCUGUAGAUAAAUGCAAGGACAAUGCAGUCAUGCUAAAUGACGUGACGAAGGUGAUUGAGAAUGAUAUCGAGAAAGAUGAAGAUACCCUUGUUGAUGUGCCUCACUCUAAAUUAAUUAAUUCUGAUUUUCUUAAUAAUCUAGAAAACAAGUUUGUUCAUCUAGAUUCUUCUAAACAGCAGCAGCUGACUAACUUACUCUUGGAUUUUUCUUAUCUAUUUUCUGAUGUUCCGGGUCGUACGAGUUUAAUGCAUCAUGAUAUUGAUAUUGGUGAUAAUGGCCCAAUAAAGCAACAUCCAUGUAGAGUAAAUCCCAGAAAAGGUAAGCAGAUGAAAGAUGAGAUUCGGUAUAUGUUGGAAAACGGAAUCAUUGAGCCCAGUGUGAGUGCCUGGAGUUCCCCAUGUAUACUAGUACCCAAGGCCGAUGGUGGAAUUCGCUUCUGCACGGAUUUUCGGAAGGUGAAUACACUCACAAGUGACGAUUCUUAUCCUAUACCUCGUAUUGAUGAUUGCAUUGACCAGGUGGGCAAGGCCAAUGAAAACUGGGUUGAACAUCUGGAGAGGCUGCAGGCACUGUUUGAGAGGCUCGCGACAGCGAACCUAACGGUAAACCUUGCCAAGAGUGACUUCGCACAUGCACGUGUAACUUACCUGGGAUAUGAAGUUGGUCAGGGACAGGUCAAGCCUUUGAAUAGCAAGAUUGAUGCAAUAGAAAAGUACCCAGUACCCAAGUCGAAGAGAGAGGUGAUGAGGUUCCUCGGCAUGGCUGGCUACUACAGGAGGUUUGUGAAGAAUUUUUCUGAUAUUGUUGCCCCACUGACUGAUUUAUUAAAGAAAAGAGUUAAAUUUAUUUGGUCAGAUUCCUGUGAAAAGGCAUUUAAGACCGUCAAAGCCAUGCUGAUGUCUUCACCAAUCCUUAUCUCACCCGACUUUGAGAAGGGUUUCAUUUUGUAUGUAGACGCUAGUGAUACUGGUGCUGGGGCCGUGUUAUGUCAGGCUGAUGCAGCUGGUGUUGAUCAUCCAGUGUGUUAUUUCUCCAAGAAAUUUAACAAGCAUCAGAUAAAUUACUCUACAAUAGAGAAAGAAACACUUGCUUUGAUUUUAGCUGUAAGGCACUUUGAAAUUUAUUUGUAUCCUACUAAGGAAGCUGUAAAGAUUUAUACGGACCAUAAUCCUUUAACUUUUAUAUCUAAAAUGAGCUGUAAGAACCAGAGGAUUUUAAGAUGGAGCUUAGAGCUUCAAAAAUAUAACCUCAGUGUUUAUCAUAUAAGAGGAAAAGAAAAUGUACUGGCUGAUGCUUUGUCCCGAGGCUAG